UAAAAAAAAAAAAAACUUCGCUCGCUCGUUACCGACAUUUUGGGUAAACUCGGGAAAAUUCUCUCGUCCGUCGACAAACAAUUUCAAUUUCUCAUUACACAAAUUCCAAUUAAACAAAACCAGUGAAUCAUAAUAAAAAUAUUAAAAUAAUGCAUUAAUAAACUAAUAAUCUAAUUGCAAAGGUAUCCAAAAGCGCCUCGAAAGGCACAAAGUGUGUGUGGAAAAAUCUCUCGCAUCAUGGAUACCUAAGUUUGUGUUUUAGUUUUUUUUAGGGUGGAUCGAAAAGUUUUUUUUUUUUUUGGAAAUCAUUUUGCUGUGUGCUGCUUUCUUUGUGUGUUUUUUUCCUUCAAAUUAUAUACACAUAAGUUUUUCCAAUAAUAAAAAUAUUUUUUCUAAUAAGAUGUCCCUUUUUUUGUAAUUGUAUUUGUCUAAAGUUUUGUGCCAUGUGAAAAAAAAUAAAAAAAAGAAUUUCAAAUAAAAAUGUGAUUUUUCCCAAAAACGCGUACAAAGAUUUUUUUCUUUUUUGUAUGUGCAAUUUUGUUCCUAGCUUAAAAAUCAAGAAGAAGCAAAAAAAAAAAAACGAGGAAAAGAAAAAAGAAUCCUGAGAAAAGAAAACCAUUGGAGUUGCGCUUAGGAGGAGUUUUGUUCUCGAGACUGUUUUCACCUGUAAUAUUUAAAUGGACAGAUUAAAAUGGUUCACCGCGGCGGGAUAGAAUUCAAUACAGAGAAAAACAAAAAAGAAGAUUUCAAUUCGUGUAUAGCAGAAAAUGCGAAAACAGCUGACGAUGAUAUAUCCAACAAUAAAAUUGAACAAUCUGCACCAAAAGCUAAACAAAUAAAGAAAUCCACAAAAAAAGCGUCACCCAAGAGCACAAUACUGCCAUUAUCCGAUCAUUCCAUUUCACAGACUGUUGUUCGGUUAGAAAGAUCGCGAUUAAUUAAAACAAAAACUAGCCCUAAUUCCAAGGGUGCCGAAACUAGUAGUAGUGGUGGUAGUGGCAAAUCAAAACGUCUCUCACCAGUGCGAGCAGGUUUGCGAAGCAGCAGUUUGGAAAGCCAUACUAGUACCACCAGCAACAAUAAUAAUGCCAAAGCAAAAAAGAAAAAAGUUAACACCAAGAAAGCUAAAGCUACUGACCCCAUCGAAUGUCCUCCAAAAGGAACAAACAAAACUGAGGACACAAAAAACGCACAACAACCGAAGCUGUCUAAACAACUGCCACUCUCAUUUAUAUGCAGCCUCCCUCUGAACAGACUUUCUGGAAUACUCGAAAAGUUAAAAUCCGACAAAACAAAAUGCAUCCUAGGAAUAGACGAAGACACUUCGUCCGAGGACAAGUCAAAUAUCGAUAAAAAUUCAAGUCAAUGCAAAACUCUUUGCCUCUAUUGUGAUAAACGCAUGUCAACAGUGAAAGUCCGAGCUAGACACAUCGAACGUUUUCACACUAUUUCCAAAGAACGACGAUCAAGUUCCAGAAAUCCUGUCACACCAUCUUCACAAGACUCAAAAGACCUUACAGGCACUUCACCAGCAUGCUCAUCUUCAUCAGCACCAUCAACGCCCAUGUCAUCGACCACCAAUUUAUACUUUAGUGGCUGCUCAUAUUGUUCCAAAUCUCCUAAACUACAAGCGGUUGCUUUAGAAAAUGAUCUCAGCGCUCUCUUUUUCCAUUUAGUAGACUUCCAUUCGGAUAAGUACUUUGGCUGUAAGGCUUGUGCAAUUAGGUUUCAGACUGCCGCAAAACUAAGCGACCAUGUCCAACGCAUUCACUCAUCUUCAAAUAAAAACUCCAAUCCUGUCAGUGAAGAUGUUAAACCACUUCUUCCAUCGGCAGAAGAAGAAAGGGCCCCAAACGAAAUCGGCAAAUCUACACCGACGAAAACGCGUCGUCAGAUAAAGCAGGUGGGUAAUGAUUCAUCUGUGUCGACAACGACUCAAGCGGCAGCUUCAACAUCGUCAUCUUCGACGAACAUAAAUCGAAAUGGCUCUAUGUUCUCAAACGAUGAACCGAUUUUGUCGCGUCUCGGACUAACUCAAAAUCGAUUGCCACGUGGACGCAAAGGAAUCCGUAGUCGUCGACAAACCAAUGUAGACAGUGUCAAGCCAGACACUAGCCUCAUAACUGUGAAGACCAGGAACAAACUUGGCAGGUUCACCACCUCAAAUGAACCCAUUGAAACUGUAUUUCGUACUCCAACUAAUACUCGCAUCGAACCUUUAUCGUGCACCUUCGAUGAAGAUUUUUACGAAAAGGUUUUCAAUAACGUUAGAACAAAUCUGAGCUGCCACUUAGAUGGAAAGAUUGGCAGUGAUACUGAUUCAAAUCGCCCCCAAAGCCCACCCCCUUUAUUGCCUGCCAUACGUAGUACUGUGGUUAAGAGUCCACAAAUUUUGGAGAGUGAAGUUCAUACAGCUACCAGUUUGGCGGCAUUAACAGCUUUCCCCACCUUACUCACAGCUGAACAAUAUGGCUGCGACUUUGGCACAGCCAAAAUUAAACGACCCAUUACAAGACACUCGUGGAAAUGGAAAUGGGACAGUGUCAAAAAAUACAAAUACGUCAAUGAAGGUGGUAAGAUAGUGAAGAAAAUUAAGCAACCCAUGCUUGGUUUGAGGGAUUUGUCCAAAUUGGAUAUGUGGACGCAAUUAACAAUGCGUCAAAAGCACGAAGUGGUAAGGAAGCAAUGUGAGACGACAACCAGCCAAUGUCUUGUUGAAUAUACUGACAAUAGUCGCGAGGAGAAACAAAGGCAAGUCGAUCAGUUGAACACUAUUUUAGAUAGUCGUCGAUUGCCACAAAUUAUUUUAGAGCAAAACGAACAGACUAUUAUAAAGAUCGAAAUCACUGACGAAGGAUUUCGUUAUUUGGCCGGUGAAGUUUCAUCAUCUUUGACGCCUACAUUAGAUGAAGGUCCAAGCACUAGUAGCCAGGCAGUUAAUCGCAUUAUACCAGCGAAUUUAAAUUUAAUUCCUAGUCGUUCGCUUGGCGAAUCUUUACGUCAGUCAGUGGUGCUAAGUGGAGAAUGGGCUAGGCCACGUUGUUACGUCUGUUUUGGUUGUGGUGCCAGAUUUGACAAACGCAAAGCGCUUGAAGAGCACAAAAUGUUCCGCCAUCCGCAUGUUUAUUCGACACAUUAUGAAAUUGUGGGCCGGGAAUUAAUAGAAGGCAAUCUUUAUAAGCAUUUCUUUAUUCCAUUGAAAGCACUCAGUCGUCAUAAGGAAUACGCGCAACGGAUACUUGUAAAUAAAAAGACUGAUUAUAGCGUGUCGAAAUCAUCUAGUAAUUCGGGCAACGAAGAGGAGUCUUUGGAUAGUCUUCAUUCGGUGACGGCUAGUUUCACAACUUUAAGUAGUAGUAAACUAAGUGAUGAUUGUGAUACCGACACGAAAACUGCCAUUGAAAACGUAUCAUCGUUUGCAGAACCAUUAUCGCCAGCUUUGACGACGAAGAAUGAUAAUAAUAGUUUAGUGGCUGGGAGUAGUUCUUCGAUGGAUUGUACAAAGUGCAAUAGAAAUUGUCAUGGAAUGUUGGAACUUUAUAGACAUAUGUUGGAUUGUUCUGGUGAUUAUGCUUGGAGUUUGGCUAAAAAGAAGAAGUAUCGUUAUUAUGGUAGUCGCAAAAGGCGACAAUUUAAUAGACAAAAUAUAUCGGCUUUACAUUUGCAUCGUCGAAAAGUUAAAGCGUCCAAGGAUGAAAACGAAUCGGAUGAGACUCCAAAGAAGAAGUACAUGUCUCCAUCAACACCUCGUCCGAGAGCUAGUGAUGCUGAUUCUAUAAGAAAAAUGCUUGAGAACCUUCCUCCAAAACGUGUAUGUCGAGAAAUAAUACCAAAUGCCACAAAGCCCAGAUCCAGAAAAUUUAAAACAACAGCCAGCGGCAGAAAAAUACAACAAAAUUCAACAAACAAAUGCAUGACAUCAAAUACAACGCUAACAGCCAUCUCCAAGAAAAUACUACGCAACCACAAAUUGCGUGCCAUUUCUGAAAAAGACAAAAUUACAAGAAAUAAAAAGAUGUUAAACACCAAACGAAAAUCAGCACGAGUCAAAAAUCGUGUAAUAGCCAGCAAAAAUGUCCAUUCCCAGAAUAAUAAGGCAAAUACAAAGACUGAGGGGAGACGAGGUGGGAUUGUGAGAAAAAUUGGUGCAACAACAAAACGUUUCGUCAAAAAGAUCAAGAAACGUAUUCUUGGUGACAAAACAGAGAACAACACAUCAAACAAAAAUGAAAAACAAAAACCUACCGAAGAGGAUAAAAAAUCAUCCAAAACAUCAGCAGUUCGAAAACUAACAUUUGAUAAGGACCAAGAAGUUGGUGGCAAUACACAAGAUAAUUCCAGCCAGGAGAAAACACCUGUCAAUACUGGUUGCACUGCUGAAGACAAAGAAAAGUCCGAUAGCAGCAAAAUUGAGAAGAACGAACCAUCUUCAAGUGCAUGCAAAACCGAAUUACCAACAAUCACAAUUGAGACCAAUUUUGAAACAAAAAAGUUGCAAGAUACAAGUGCAAAUGAAGAUUUAAGUCUAAGCUUACGAUCUGAAGGCUCAACAGAAAACCUCCAUGAACAACAAAGUGAUCUUUCUGCAAGUACAGAAGAUUUGAAUAGACUUAAUCCAGGUUUCUUGCAUAAUCAAGUUAGUCCAACAACAAAACGAAGAAGUAAGAAAAUCAACGAUUGCAUCGCAAUGUUGACUGGAAAAAUUCAAGAAAAAUUGGGAAAACCAUUUUUAGAAUGUAAAGAAACACGAAGUGUUACUGCAGCAAGUAUUCAAAGUAAUACCGAAGCUAAACUAGUACUCCCAAGUCCUGAAAUUAAGGAAACUAAACCAACGAAACGAAAGGCACUUACACGAAGAAUUGUUAAAUGUGAUCAGCCUUCAGCAGAAGCCAAUGUCGAAGUGUUGACUCCCGUGGCUGACAAAAUAACUGUUAAAGAACCUGAAUUACCAUUGAAAAUAGAUAAUUUAACUGAACAAACAACUUUGACGAAACGAUCUUCAACAAAACAGCUUCAAAUGGAACAAUCAAAAGAGUCUCUAGAAAAACAACCACCAUUGAGUGGAACAUUUUUGAAGCAAACUUCCUCAGACAAAUUGUCAGUAAAAGAUACACCGCGCAAGACACCGAAACUUUCACCAGAAAAGUCUGUGGAACAAAUUAAAGAAUCACCAUGCAAGGUGCCGAAACUUUUACCCCAAAAGUCUGUGGACCAAUUUAAGGAGUCACCCUUAAAAAUGUCGAAACUUUUAUUAGAGAAACCUGUGGUUCUAAAGGAAACACCUUUAAAAGUGUCUAAACUUCUACCAGAGAAGUCUGUUUUGCUAAAAGAAAUACCCUCAGAUGUUCCAUCACUAUUAGAUCCUAAAUUAAAAGAGGUGCUCUUAAUGAAACCACCACUAAAUAAUCCUCCAAAGGUAAAAGAAUCAUAUCUUAUGGAAUCAAUAUUGAAAGAAUCUCCAUUAAAGAAUUUACCAAAAGAAUUGCAAGUAAGGAAUCUGUUAAAAGAGCCUCCAUUGAAAGAAACGCCAUUACAUCCCUUCAAACCACCUUUUGAAGAUAUGCCUACAAACUCUGCGCAACCUCUUAGAGAUUUCCAUCCGAAAAAGGAACUUCCAGUUAAUCGCAGAGCUUCUCAAGCAGGAAAUCCAUCUGCCGGAAACGUAUUUACCAACAAUCAACAGCUUUCGACAUCUUUUAACACUGACUUUAGACAACAAGAACACCCUCAUCCAUUUGCAACUAAUUUCAAACCAGUUCCAGCGAGUAGAGUCCCUCCACCGCCAGUUACAAUUGAAAUUACUACACCAGCCCCAGUUUUACGAAACGACAUUGUUCCUAAAAAAAUCUCCAAUCAACCUCCCAUACAGCAGUGUAUGAUAAAUGCCGACACAAUACGAGUACCAUGUAUCAACAAACCACCACCCCAACAAUUAUCAAUACCACAAUUUAUGCCGGUGCAACAGCAACAAGUGCCAACACCAGCACCAAGAGGAAUGAUCUCAAAACGUCGUCAAACAAUUGCAGGUGCUCCUAAUGAUUUCUUGUUUGAGAUGAAUUCUUUGCGUUGUGCAAAUGCCUACAACAAUUUGCCAUUUGAAUUAGAAGUGCCAUUAGAUUUGUCGAAGAAGCCGAAACGUGCCUCGCCUAAGGCAAAACAAAAUGUCCCAAAAGUCGUUCAACAACCACCUGCUCCUGCACCUGCACCUGUGCACUUUCCUCAGAUUUCAGUCAAACCAAAUGCUGUUCUCAUGCCUCCAGUUCCUUAUCAACUGCCCCUUUUACCACAAACCCAAAUUAUACCAAUAUUGUCUGAAUCUUUACUCCCAAAUCUACCACCACAAAUACCACUACAAAAUCCAACGCUUGUUUUUCCGAAAGAAAUCACUCCAAAACCGACACCAAGCACACCAAGAAAGAGAACACCAAACAAUAAAAAACAACAGGAACCUAUUGUUGUUAAUAUUAAUCCGCCAUUGGUAAAUUUACCCCUCGAUAUUUCCCCACCUAAAAAAGUUUCAAGAAAAACAGCAAUGCCUGUGGUGAAUGAGAAAUUAAAACCCAACUUUAAUCUGUUACCAAUUGAAAAUACGAAUUUAGUAAAAGAUCCAGUUCUACCAAUGCCUGUUGAAUCGAAUAUCAAAGCCACUUGCAAAGAGAAAACCAAAGUUCCCGAGUCCAAAAAGAUUGUUUCAACAGAAGAAAUCAUAAAUCUACCAAAACAAACGGUCACUACUUUGGAAGAACCAAAAAGUACUCCUCCACCAGCAAAAACUAUCUUACCUUCUCAUGAGCCUCCUAAAGAUCAAAGUACACCUCUUUUAAUAGCUUCAAUGGUUCCAGAAGUUAAGAAGCCAGAAGAUGAGCAAAAAAUAGUAAAAGUUGAUUCCAAGGAAACGAAGAAACCAGUGAAGGCAAACAAAAAGCUUACACAAAUAACAACAACUCCUCCGAAAAAAGGAUCUCCUUCAUCGAAUUCCGCAUUGACAAGUAGCAAUCAAGUCACCAAAGCAGUAGAGCCUUUGGCUAAGAAUGAAUCUAAAAAUACAUCAUCGCCUGAGUCACAAAAAUCGAUCCCAACACGACGAAGUAGGAGAAACAAAGCCACUGAACAAAGUGAACUUAAGAAUUCGGUUGUACCAAACGAACCUGUUCCUCCAGCUUCGGCUCUAAAAGAAGUCGAAGAGAUAGCAGCAAGUUUUGUAAGUGACGAUGAACCAGAAAAUGAAGCCACUUAUCCUCCGUCAAAGAAACAACAACAACAAAUUGAAAAGUCAACCGUUACAGAAAAGCCUCCGGAGCCAAAGGUUAUAGAGCCGGAAAAACCAGAGAAAUCUAAGAACGAAGAAGUUGUUACUAAAAAAUCUGAACCUACUCCAUCAGAUCAGAGCUCUCAAGUGAAGGAAAAAGCUGUAGUAAUAGAGCCCAAUGAAUUGGUCUCAGUUGCAAAUAAAACAGAAAGCGAACCACAAACGACCAAACAAGAUUCUGGCAAGAAACCUAGAAGGCGAAGAAAGAACGAAUUGGCUUCAAUCGUUGCCGAUCAAUUAAUGGAGAGUUUCAAAGAAACUGACAAAUCUCGAAUUGAUGAUUUGAAACGGCUUGAGGAAUUGGCUUAUGAAAAAAGUGAAGAUUUGUUACUAACAGGAAUGCGUCUAAUGCCCACAACUAAACGAAAAAAUGUUCUUGACAACAACAAAAAAGAUUUAAGCACCUCCGAACCCGAACCGAAGACGGGUAAUACGGUAAAAGAACCCAAGAAACAGAAAUCUGAUUUGACUAAAGAAAAACCUUCUCCAGUUGUUCAAAAAGAGGAUACAGAUUCUAAACCGAAAGCCGAAUUAACAAAGGAAAAAGAAAAGAUUCAGAUUGUACAAAAAGACAACACUGAACUAUUUAAGGAUCCAAAAGAUUUGCAAAAAAUUGAAACAAAAUCAAAGAAUCAGAACGUUGAACCUUCAACCCCGUCUAACCUACCUAACUUGAUAGGCAAAGAUCAUGUUAAAACAAAGCCACCACCUAUCGACUUUGGAAACUAUCGGUCAAAUUCACUAGACAGCUGGUCAAAUCGUGGCUCAAAGCAACCUAACUCGGAGCAAGUUUCGCCGAACGAAGAUAAAUCACCAACCAGUGACAUAGUGCCAGCAGUGGCCCAAAAAGACAAAAAGAACAAGAAAAAGCAAACGAAAAAGCGUGAUAAGAAAAUCGAAACGGAGAAUAUCAAUCUUCUGCGCACAGGUUUAGAAUCAUUUACUCUUAGCAAAGAUGUUGUUGACAAUGGGAAUGAUAAUGUUACAUCGACUGGUGUAACUCGCCCUUCAGAACUUUCGCAUUCAAUAACUAGCUUAUUUUCACCGGUACAAACCAAUUCGGCAGUAUCAGGGGUUGCCAAAGAUGCAUCUCCAUUUGGCAGUUUGGGAGUUAGCAAUGUAAAGCCAUCAUCGUCAAUUUUGCGUCCAAGUAUAUUGGCAGCAUCGUUAGAUAUCGUUGCAUCAAACAAAGAGAAUCCACAACCUAGCACAGAUCGCAAAUCUACUAUAUCAAGCCGCGAUCCCAGAUUGAAUAAAAAUAUUCAUACAGAAGAAGGUGAUCAAGUCAGUGUACCGCCAGAAACAACAUCCCGCUUAGCAACGCUUCGAACGCGAAGAAAAUCAUUUGCCGAUGCUACUCCACCGACUUAUACCAGUCGGGCAAAUUCUCGCUCGACACCCAGCAAACGUGGCACUUCUGCUAGUCGUCGAAAUUCUUUGGCAUUCGAUGAUGAUGAAGACGAUAACUUUUUGACAGCAAUUGCAAAAAGAGUUAAUGAAAAUAUAAUGUCAGCUGAAGAUAAAGAUUUUAACCUUGCAAAUGAUGGUUUUGAAUUAGCGAAUUCAUUUAUAGACCAAGAAGAUCCAUUCGGACGCCCAUCGACUUCGAUGAGUGUUAGAAGUGCGCCGAAUUUUAACGAAGACCGUUCGAACAUGGACACAAUGGAUGCAACAAACACAGACCUCAUAGACAUGGAUGUGGAUGAUGAUAUGAGUGUUUAUACAACAUUCUCACAAGACACAACACGAAGUAAGGGAGGAAGACGUAGACGUCGGCGAAGAAGUGUUCUACUAACGCGAAAGCCCAAGAAGACAAAUGUGAACAUGUUGGAUUCGAUGGAAACCUUUGAUUGUCUUUUAUGUAAUAAGAAAUUUGCUAAAGCAGUAGCAUUAAACAAACAUCAAUUGACAAUUGCUCAUGUAUCAAAAGUAUCCGAACAAGAGUAUUUGAAUGCUACAAGAAAACAGGAAGAAGAGAAGGCCGCAGCUCAACAACAACAAGAAGUCAAAGAUGUACCGACUCCUGUUACUAAGUCCAAUACUACACCACCAUCUUCAUCAACAGCUGUAGUUCCUCAAAGUCCUAAACAAUAUUUUAACGCUAUUCAAAAUAUUCGAUUAGAAGGAAAUAACAUUGUUCCACCAAAAUUAGCAGAAACUCUAGAAAAAUCUGUAGUCGAAAAAGUCCAUAAGCCUCAACCAAAAGUCCCUUUUAUUCCUCCAAAUAGUAUUCUUAAUCAAUCUGGGAUUGAGCCAAUUUCAUCACCAGAACAAAACUAUGAACGCUAUUCAACGAAAACUUCAUCUAGACUUACACUGAAUCCAGAUGAACGUCUUUUCUAUGAAUGUUGUAAUAUUUUGAAAGGCUCUGAAACACCUUUGGUAGAGCGAACUUAUCCAAUUGUACCACCCACAACUUAUGCAUAUGAUUUACAAGUUAAGCCGGUUACACCAAAAUCACCAAAUGAGAGAUUUUCCUAUAUCAAGCAAUCAGGGGCUGAUACGAAUGGUAAACGAGAGUCUGGAAGUUAUCCGAGACUUGAUGUAAAUCAAUUCAGUGAUAUUUCAUCAGAUUCGAAUCCGGCUUGUGCUCAACCACCACCUGUUUUACCAGUUAAUUAUGCUCAAAUGCAUGUUUUGUCUGGAGCGAAGGAUCAAGCAUUUUUGGCAAAUGAGGGAGGAGGUAGCGGUGCACAAAGAAGUAAUUUGCCACGAGAGAGUUCAAUUUUACAAAUGGCAUCUAUUGCUACACCUAGUUUAAUAACACCAGCCCCUUUGACAGCAAGGACGUUUGUCAAUCAGCCAUCACAAAUUGGAACACAUCUUCAUGGAAUGGAUAGUUCAGCUGUAAUCGGUCAAAAACAAAAUUUCAUCUCGCCUCUUCACUCGGCAUCAUCUCAAAGUUCUACAAUUACUACAACAACUAGUCGACUUAAAACUAAAGCCGCCAUGAAGGGCUACGACAACUUAAAGGUUUCCAUACCAACAAUUGGUUUGGACAUGGAACAUGCCUUAGAGCGCAGUCCACGUCCAGGUUGUAAGCUUACAACUUUAGCUGACAUUGCUCUUGGAAAUGAAACACCACUCACAACAUUUACACCUUCGCUGCAAGUGCACAACGAACAAAAAUCUAAAUUCAAACAAAAACCCACAAACAAUGAUAUUGCUGGACAUUUCCCCACCAUACUCCAGAGCCAACCAAAAGAAAUACAAGUAUCACCACCAAGCAAAAAGAGAGAUAAUUCCCCAAUCAAAGAAUCCUCUCUUGUAAUAUCUGUUCACGAUACGGAAAGUUGCAUGCCAAUCGUAUUAAGUCCACCUAAAAAACCGGAAAGUAUUAUUCCCAAAGAUAUUUACGAAUUUGAUGAUUCUGAAAAUACACCAAUUUCAAAAGCUAUACAAUCUCCAUUCAAAAUAGCAGAAGAUAAUGAUGCAGGUCCUAAAAAGGCCAUCAUCAUACCUGAGAGACCAUUCAAAAAUAUCGGAAUGGAAGAGAAGGAAGCAAUUAAAUUCCAAAAACCAGAAACUCCUGCCAUCAAUGAUGAAAAUACAACAUCGACUGUUACCUACUCGGAUCGAGAUGACUUUGUUUAUGGAUCAAUGAGUGGCGGUGACGAUGACAACGAUAAUGAUAAUGAUAACGAUGACAACAAGGAAACUCAUGUAGAAUCUGACGAAAGUAGUAAUUCGAGUGCAUUUACAGCGAAAACAUUCGAAAACAAGUCACUUAUUAUGGGACGUAUUUUCAAAAAUGCUAAAACGAAACCAAAAAUUGCAAUUGAAAAGCCGGUACUACCCGCUCCAGAACCACCGAAGCAAAUUCCGAAACAAGAGCUGGAUAGACUGUUUGACACUCUACGUGGUGUAAAUGAGAAUCGUCAGGCUGCAAAAGAAGACAGACAUGAUAAUGCUACCAAUUCGUCGAGAAAAAGACAAACUCAAUCGACGAAAAGAAAACCAGCUGUCACCGCCGCCCCUGCUCCCGCCCCUAAAGCUCCCAAGACCAAAACACCACCAGCAGAAAAACCAAAUAAACGAGUGACGAAGAAAAAUGAACAACAACCAACUUCGAAAGAAAUGUCUCAACUUCAUGCUGAACUUGGAAUGUCACCGGCAGAAAUUGCCGAGUUAAUUGGUGAAGGUCAAAGAAAAUCACAACGAAGAUGUGCAGUAAAUCGACCGAAAAAAUUAGUUGAAAUAUGGAGUUCUGAUGAAUUUGAAGAAUUCCUCUCAACAAAAGACAUCAUUGCUCUGAUUGAAGAAAAAGAACAAAAAACCAAAAAAAAGAGGAAAACCGCAUCGACCCCUGCUCCAAAGAAACCUAAUUCAACACCAACUUCAAGUAAGAAUAGUAAGAAAGAUAUUGAAGAACAAUCAGUAACUCAAUCAGAAGAUGAAAAGUCCGAAAGUGCUCCUGCUUCUCCACAAAAAAGGCUCAAAAAUAAUACUCCUGAGGCAGCUAAAGUUGUUGCAAGUGCUGCAAAAAAUACAAAAGCAACUAAGACAAAAAAGAAAACUCCAACUGCGGUAGUUAAUGCUCCUAUAACGACACCACCUGCACCAGCACCGAAAGUAACAGCAAGAGCACAAAAAGAUAAGGAUACAAAACCAACAUCCAGUGGAAAGAAUACUAUUGAAGCCACAAAAAACAAUAGUUCGCCUUUCAAAAAACCCACACAAAAAAAUAUAAUUUCUAAAAUUGCCGCUGACGACUCUGAGAGUGACUUCGAAGCUGAACUCAAUCGAAGAUCGAGAACGGCCGCGCCAAUACGUAAUCGUCGAAAAACAAUUUCUGGUAAAUUGGAGAAUGAUGCUGGACCGUCAUCAACAAGCUGUGCUAAGAAGGUUUCUGCAAAGUCAAAACCAGACAAGGCAGAUGCCCGAAAUUCUUCCAAAACAAAACAAACAGCGCAACCAUCGCAGGCUGAUAGUUCGCCACAAAGUAGUAGUAGACCACAAGCUAGACGAAAAAGAAUCGCCUCUGAAAUGCUCUACUAUUGGUCUUCGUCAAGUGAUGAAGAAUUUGGUCGCAUAGAAUCGCCACAUGACGACGAACACCAUAUUGAAGAGAAUGAAAACUACCAGCAGCAUGGGUGGAUAGUAGGUGAUUCACAUAAGAAACUAGUGACCCUUCUAGCAAUAGCUAAAGGCAAUAAAAAAGUCGAUGAUUGUGGUGUAAAGGAGACAAGCUCUAAGAAGAAGAGCUAGACCUCGUCAUCAUCUUCUGAAACACCAAUCCAAUCAAUUGUGCAAUCUGAAGUCAACCAUUUUUAGAAUGUCAAUUUAAUGUUAAUGUUUUUACCAUUUUUUUCAUUAAUCCAAAAGUGACAAUAAAACAGUCGACAGAUAUUCUUUUUUUUUUAUAUAAUUUACAGCAAAACAACCCGCAAUAAAAUUGAAAAUUGUAAAAAAAAAACAAAAAAAAAAACUGAAUAGCAUUAAGAAGAGUCCAGCAUGGAAAAAAAGAAAACAUUAUUUUUUAGCAAUAGUGUAGAAACGUUUCAGAGCAGGAUGUUGUGUAAUGAUGUAAAUAGUUUUGUUUUAGGUUAGAAUAUAGUCAUAAAUAUAAAUUGCUAUUAGCUUAAAAUUUAAAAAAAAUAAUAAUAAUAAAUGAAUUAUGCAAAAUGUUUGUUUAAAUUAAACGAAUAUAGUAAAAAAAAAAAAACAAUACACACAAGUCAAAGAGAAAAUUGUAUUCAUAUA